GGACUCGGAAGCCUGCGGCAUAUUCGCAGCCGUCACUGGGGAGAAGGAGCAAGGCGCACAGCAUUCAGCAGCGGUUGCAGCCAGCAGUGCGGCAUACGUGGAGCAGAGGCAGAGAGGCUGCGGCUCAGAGACAGCAUUCUGAGGACUGCCACAAUUGGAUCUCUGAACUUUUAUGAAGCGCAAGCGACUCACCAGACUGGACACGUGAUAAUUAGAGAGGCACUGGUCGAAUGCUGGUGCACGGCGAAAGAGUGAUAUCACAGCAGCACCAGGGGCAGCCUCAGCCUCCUGCACAGAUGCAUGGCGGAGAGCUGUCCGGGAUGAAUGGAAUGAGUAACGGUGACGGCAUGAUGCAGAGCGAAGUUGAGUCACGCAAGCUGGUGAUUCUGGGGCUGCCCUGGGACACCACAGAGGCUUCCUUGGAACAGCAUUUCUCGCAGUUCGGUCCGCUUCAGGAAGUGGUGAUCAUGAAGGACCGUACCACAGGGAAGUCCAGGGGAUUUGGCUUUGUCACCUUCUUUCGGGCAAUGGAUGCAUCCUGCGCAGCGAGCCAGGAGCAUGUGGUUGAUGGCAGGCGGUGUGAGGCCAAGUAUGCCUUGCCGCGGGGAGGCGGCCCGGCGCCAAGGACAACCAGAAUAUUCGUUGCAAGGAUACCGUUGUCUGUCAACGAUGCGCAGUUCCGGCAGUACUUUGAGCAGUACGGCUCUGUGCAGGAUGCGUACAUGCCCAAGGAUGCCACAAAGCAGUCGCACCGAGGCAUUGGCUUCGUCACAUUUGCCAAUGCAGACUCCGUGGAGGCAGUGAUGUCCUCGCCCCACAGCAUGAAUGGGCAGGAGCUGGCCAUUGACAGGGCAACUCCCAAGGACAAGCCCUCCGACUCGGCCGGGAACGAUUUCAACCCGUAUCAGGCCGUGGCGAACGGCAACGGCAGGACGACCGCGUACAGCAGCGGCGGCGGCAGCAGCAGCGUGGUGGCGGCGUUUGAGGGUGCCAACGGUGGGCAGGCGGCCAACAGCGGUGGGUCCGGCUCCGGGGAGCUCUUCCAGCCCAUGCGCGGCGACGGCGCCUCCAUCGACACGCGCUCUGGGCCCCGCAUCUUUGUGGGCAAGCUGAACAAGGAGACAACAGAGAAUGACGUGAAGGAGUACUUCACCAGGUUCGGUUAUGUGAUGGAUGUGUAUCUGCCGCGCGACAAGGUCAACCGCUCGGAGCACCGCGGCUUUGGCUUUGUGACCUUUGAGACGGAUGGUGCAGUGCUGCGCAUCCACGCCCACGGCCAGCACCAGAUCAAGGGGUCAGUGGUGGCGAUAGACAGCGCGGUGCCGCGGCGCGAGGAGGGAACGCGCACGGACGAUGACGUGUCCACCUCCAGCAUGCAAGUGAUGGACCUGGGUGGUGAUGAUCUGAGUCUGGGCCCUGCACGCAACCACCCUCAGGAGCGCAUGCGCCAUGGCUACAAGCCUUACUGAGCCCCUCUCAACCUGCAGUUGCACUCUGUGUGUAGCUGGCAAUGCCAGCACCAAGACACGGCUGAGGUCAUCUGACGGCCAUCUGCGUGGGCACAAGCCCGCUGGCAACUGCACGAGAGGUUGGGAGAGCAGAGGGCAACCUCGUGAAGCACUAGGAUGUUCUCCCCAGGAUUCCAACAGGGAUGCCAGCAGGGGAUCAAGACUCCAUGCGGGCUUUCUGCUGUACCACUAUGCUUGGGUGUUUGAGGGACGACAUCGGGGGCGAGGUACUGCGACUGGCAAGCUGUGAGUUCUGGGCAGUGAGAUGCAAGCAAGACUGGACGAGUGGGGAG